CUAGAACUUCCUUGCAAAAAUACCUUAUGCUCUCGUCUCCUCCGUCUACGCUCUUCAAUCACCCCAACCCUAAAUUUUGCUGCCGGUGCCCGUAGCCACUCGCCCACUCUUACACAGCCGAUCAGACCUCAGCUACUCUGCCUCACUCCGGCGCUUCCAGCGUCCAGACGCACACAGCUCUGCAGCAGCUUACUCCGCUUCAAGGCUUCCACCCACCCACAGUCCACGACUUCAAGGGUUACAGUAUCAAAGACAGGGGAGCGUGAAAUGGCAAAUCAAGGUGCGAAGAAACGCAAGGAAGAGAACGCUCGCCACAUGGCGAACCUCCGCCGCAUCAUCAUUGCCUGCAAUGUUAUCUAUGUGCUGGUGAGGAUGGUGGUUUUCCAUUCAAGUUUCACCUGGAAGCAUUGGAUUGGUCUGAUUCUCACGUCUGUGGCUUAUCUGUUUCCCUACCAACAACUAGCCAGAAUGGCUCAGCCCGCUUAUGCUGAUGAUGGGGAGCUUUUCGAUGGUGGUUUUGAUAUGAAUACUGGUGGAGUUUGUGGCUAUUUACAUGAUGUAAUUUACAUUACAAGCUUCGUACAAGUGAUGUCUAUCAUCUCUGAAAAAUUUUGGUACACUUACUUGGUGCAACCUUCUUGUCACAGCAAGCCACAAUUCCGUAGCAUUCUUAGCUCACACCCAGGUCAACUCGAAUCACCACUGGCGAAACAAGCUAGUAUAGACCGAGACACCCAACUCACCAUUCAGCCCCUAGGAACCACCCAUCUUGCUGGAAACCAUCAAGGACACCAGAAGACACUGACCGGGGAGUUGGAAGUUCUCGGACAGCCAUAGAAAUUGCCAUCGAACACCUCCCGUCACCUUGCUCCUCUCCGGUCUGUACGUGCUUUACGGAAAAGGGCUAAAAACUUGUGAAAGAAGCAGGAGUUCACCUCAGAGAGAAGGAACCGUGUGACAGAGACUCAAUGAGAGAGGAAGGAUGCGACGGAGCAGCUAUUCAGCCAGAAACACAAAAGGAGUCUCUGGUGGAUGAAUAGGACAGCC